AUGAAGCGACACGCCUCUGAUAGCGAAGAUACCCGGCAAGGCUCUUACCGCAACGCUUGUGAGGCAAAGCGCCAGAUGCGACGUGCCGGCGUUAGUGCACUAACAUCCGAUCCAUCGUUGCAAACGCUUCCAUUGACCAAAGAAGCCCUACACUCGGUGCAACAACGGAAUCUCGAGCAAUUCGAGUCUUCUACAGAAUACUGGGUACAAAACUAUACGGCCGUCUGCGAUCUAGAGAUGAUGGCUACACCUCCGACACCUCGAAGCUCAGUCCCUGAUGGUCGUGGACGCCGCCUGAAACACUAUGCGCGUUCACGUGGAUCUCGAACUCCUAGUCCUACCAAAAAGCCAUCACCGCAAACGUACCGUACACGGAAUAUGCUCCAUGCCAACGUCUUCGUCGACCACCUGGAUAAGCUUCCGCCCCCGAUCGAUGAGCAGGUGCGAGGAAUACUAGGCAUCGAAUCGUGGGAGAAUCGAGUGGUAGCCUCGGAUGAGGUCCAAACAAAAAUAGAUGUCGAUGGCUUAGCAGUAAGACUCCGGACGGAGUCACUAAGGAAUGCGCGCGAGUGUUCGCUCGAGGGCGAUUGGAAGGCCAGUCUGAACAGUCUAGUAAGGAAUCUAGCAGACCUUUGGAAGGAAACGCUGAAAACACACAUGUCUGAGAAAGUCUGGAAUGCAUCUCUCAAACCGACUGGCGCAUUGCAUGAUGAGUUUCCGGAUGAAGACUAUAGCGGAACAUGCACUCCUCGAUCCGCAUCAGCGCUAGGCUCUCUUCCCGAUUUCAACCUGGGUGCCACUGGAACUGCUGCCACCACCUUUCCCGGGUCCAUACCAUCCCUACCACCAUAUACCCAAUCGGUAGCGUCAACCACCAGCACUGAUGCUGGAGAUCCAUAUUACAUAUCAACACCGAAACCAGACAUAGUAAUAGGAAUCGCCCAUACUGCAUUUACACUACAACACCGGAGGCGGCUGGUCGAUCAUCAGGCGUCUGGGUCAAUACUGAGCGAUCCUCAUGCGGCUGACAUGGCAAUACGGUUUCCAUUCUUGAUUGUAGAAGCAAAGGGUUUGAGUGUGAAUGGGACCCUUAUUAGCGCGCAGAAUCAAGCCGCUAUUAGUGGUGCUUCCAUGCUCAGGAUCCUGAAUGAUCUCAGCAAUCAAGCCGCAUGCAGCUCAAGCACGGAUCCUGGCUCGGAGUUCAUAUCGCUAUCGACUACGCCGUUGGGGCUACACCCAGACCUAGCACUCUGUUUCUCUCUUGUGACUGAAGGCCCAACACACGAGCUGUGGGUGCAUUUCAUGCAUGAAGGUGCAUUUCACAUGGUGUUUCUCCGGUCGUGGCGUACUACGCAGGAACAUGAUGCGCAAGAAAUUGUGUAUUACCUAGCUCGUAUAAUGGAGUGGGGCAACGGAAAAUUCAAAGACUGCAUCGUCGAGAAACUGAAAAAAGUGCCAGGGCAUGGAGUGCUUGGGUAGCUGCAAAUAGAUGUCGGAACACUAUCAGGCAAAGUAUUCCAUAUAUCGCUAUGCCGCUCCUGUUUCCUAUAACCUAGCCUCUAUUGCUUGCGGUACUCAGACCUAUUUGUUUUCUAUCGAAGCUGUAUAUGUUAGCAAGAGAACUUCUGAAGUUGAAAUG